AUGUCCAGGGUGAAUGGCUGGUCUCUGCCACUCAACACGCUGCAGGCAGUGGCCUGGAUCACGUUCCUGGUCAUGACCUUCACCAGCUUCGGCAUCUUCAUCCCUCUGCUGCCCGGCGUCUGGAGGCACGUGGCGUAUGGCGUAUCCUUCACUCUGUGGGUGACCGGUGUGCUGUUUCUGUUCCACAUGGUGGUUCACCUGAUGGCCGUCUCCACUGACCCUGCCGAGCCAAACGUGCGCAUCAAGAACUACAAGCGGCCCAUGCCCACCUUUGACCGCACCAAGCACGAGCAUGUAAUUCAGAACCAGUACUGCCACCUGUGUGAGGUCACCGUGAGCUUGAAAGCCAAGCACUGCAGUGCCUGCAACAAGUGCAUCACCAACUUCGACCACCACUGCAACUGGCUCAACAACUGUGUGGGCAGCAGGAACUACUGGUGUUUUUUCUGCUGUGUGGCCUCAGCCGUGGUCGGCCUCUUCUGCCUGGCGGUGGUCAUCAUGUACAUCUUUAUCCAAUACAUCAUGGGCCAGGAUGAGCUCCGUACUGACCCCCACUUUAAAACGAUCACGGAUGAGAAUACGUGGCUGUUCUUCCUGCCCCUCUUCCCUGUGAGGAUCAAGGCCCCUGUGCUCCUGAUCACGGGGGCAGCUGUGCUCGUCCUGGACAUCGUCGGCCUCCUGAUGCUUGGACAGCUGCUCUUGUUCCAUCUCUACCUCUGUGCGUACUGCUGUGCCCCUCCCUGA